GACCGCUGCGGGAAGAAGAACCCCGGAUGACGCCACACGGCUUUCCACUCUCGGAGCCCCUGACAGCCCACUCGUCCCCAGCUACGGCGGCGGGUCUAGCACUCUAGGCCUCUAGCCCCGCGCGUCCUCCGGCUUCCGCCGCUCCAAUCCCCCCUCCGUCCGCGGGCUCCUCGCCGGCCGGUGCCGCGGCGCCCGCGUCCUCUCCCCGCGGUCAGUCACCCAGACGCGCAUCGCUGUUGCUGUUGCUCCUUUCGUGUUCCCCUUUGCAGCAGGGCAGGGCAGUGUGGAGGAGAGGAGAUAUUAUCGCUGCUGCUGCUGCUGCUGCCGCGGCUUGCCCCCCGCGCAGGCCGCUCGCUUCCCACGCGCGCCACGAAGCCGCGGCCUCGGAGGCGUAUUCCCUUCCGCCCCCCGCCCCCCCGUGCUUAUCCGCGGCGGAAUCCAAUCCCCUCCCUCGCAUCCUUCUCCCCAGCAAAGGCCACCCCCCGCUUUUGGCGAAUUACCCCCGCUGCCGCGGCGCCCAUGAUUCCCGGCGAUUCCUCCGCCCAUUUGCUGCUCCUGCUCCCCUCGCCGCAGCUGCAGUGCGGCCGCGGCUGCUAGUUCGGUAGCGGGGAAGGGAGGGGAGGAGGAGUGGGGGUUCGGAUUGGGGGCGGCGGAGAUGUCGUCGUCGCGGUCCAACAACCGGGGGACGUGCUCCCGGAGCAGCUCGGCGCGGUCCAAGCACAGCGCGCGGGUGGUGGCGCAGACGCCCGUGGACGCGCAGCUGCACGCCGAGUUCGAGGGCUCCCAGCGUCACUUCGACUACUCCUCGUCGGUGGGCGCGGCCAACCGCCUGUCCGCCAGCACCAGCACCGUCUCCGCCUACCUCCAGAACAUGCAGCGGGGCCGCUUCAUCCAGCCCUUCGGCUGCCUGCUCGCCGUCCACCCGGACACCUUAGCGCUGCUCGCCUACAGCGAGAACGCGCCCGAGAUGCUCGACCUCACGCCGCACGCGGUCCCCACCAUCGACCAGCGGGACGCGCUCGCCAUCGGCACCGACGUGCGCACGCUCUUCCGCUCCCAGAGCUCCGUCGCGCUGCACAAGGCCGCCACCUUCGGGGAGGUCAACCUGCUCAACCCCAUCCUCGUGCACGCCAGGACGUCGGGCAAGCCCUUCUACGCCAUUAUGCACCGCAUCGACGUCGGCCUCCUCAUCGAUCUCGAGCCGGUCAACCCCGCCGACGUGCCAGUCACCGCUGCGGGAGCGCUCAAGUCCUACAAGCUUGCCGCCAAGGCUAUCUCCAGGCUGCAGUCGCUGCCCAGCGGGAACCUCUCGCUGCUGUGCGAUGUGCUUGUCCGUGAGGUGAGCGACCUCACGGGCUACGACAGAGUCAUGGCGUACAAGUUCCAUGAGGAUGAGCAUGGCGAGGUUAUCGCUGAGUGCAGGAGAUCUGAUCUGGAACCAUAUCUUGGCCUGCACUACCCAGCCACUGACAUCCCGCAAGCAUCCAAGUUUCUAUUUAUGAAGAACAAAGUGCGGAUGAUAUGCGAUUGCUCUGCCACUCCAGUGAAGAUCAUUCAGGAUGAUAAUCUAGCACAGCCUCUCAGCCUAUGUGGUUCGACGCUCCGGGCUCCCCAUGGUUGCCAUGCGCAGUACAUGGCAAACAUGGGCUCUGUUGCAUCGCUUGUGAUGUCAGUAACUAUAAACGAGGAUGAGGAGGAGGAUGGGGAUACCGGGAGUGACCAGCAGCCGAAAGGCAGGAAGCUGUGGGGGCUGGUGGUCUGUCAUCACACGAGUCCGAGGUUCGUUCCUUUCCCACUAAGGUACGCUUGCGAGUUUCUCUUGCAAGUAUUUGGCAUACAGCUCAACAAGGAGGUAGAACUGGCUGCUCAGGCAAAGGAGAGGCACAUCCUCCGAACGCAAACCCUUCUGUGUGAUAUGCUUCUGCGGGAUGCUCCUGUUGGGAUAUUUACUCAGUCGCCUAAUGUAAUGGAUCUAGUAAAGUGUGAUGGAGCUGCACUGUACUACCAAAACCAGCUUUGGGUGCUCGGAUCAACACCCUCCGAGGCAGAGAUAAAGAGCAUUGCCACGUGGCUUCAGGAGAACCAUGAUGGUUCAACUGGGCUGAGUACCGACAGCUUAGUGGAAGUGGGUUAUCCUGGUGCUGCUGCACUUCGUGAGGUUGUGUGUGGCAUGGCAGCCAUAAAGAUCUCUUCCAAAGAUUUCAUCUUCUGGUUCCGAGCCCACACAGCAAAGGAGAUCAAGUGGGGUGGAGCUAAGCAUGAACCGGUCGAUGCAGAUGAGAACGGCCGGAAGAUGCAUCCACGAUCUUCAUUCAAGGCCUUCUUGGAGGUGGUUAAAUGGAGAAGUGUUCCCUGGGAGGAUGUUGAAAUGGACGCUAUCCAUUCUUUGCAGUUAAUAUUACGCGGCUCCCUGCAAGAUGAAGAUGCCAACAAAAACAAUGUAAGGUCCAUUGUAAAAGCUCCAUCUGAGGAUACAAAGAAGAUACAGGGGCUACUUGAGCUAAGAACAGUUACAAACGAGAUGGUCCGCUUAAUUGAGACAGCAACUGCCCCUAUCUUUGCUGUUGACAUUGACGGUAACAUAAAUGGGUGGAAUAAUAAAGCCGCAGAACUCACUGGAUUACCUGUUAUGGAAGCCAUAGGGAGGCCCCUCGUAGAUCUUGUCAUGUCUGAUUCUGUUGAAGUGGUUAAACGGAUUUUGGACUCAGCUUUACAAGGAAUCGAAGAGCAAAAUCUGGAAAUCAAGCUUAAAACAUUCAAUCAACAGGAAUGCAAUGGCCCUGUAAUUUUUAUGGUCAACUCCUGCUGCAAUCGGGACCUUUCAGACAAAGUUGUUGGAGUUUGCUUUGUAGCUCAAGAUUUGACUGGGCAGAAGAUGAUAAUGGAUAAGUAUACUAGGAUACAAGGAGACUAUGUUGCCAUAGUGAAGAACCCCAGUGAGCUUAUCCCUCCCAUAUUUAUGAUCAAUGAUCUUGGUUCCUGCUUAGAGUGGAAUGAAGCUAUGCAGAAAAUUACCGGUAUGAAAAGGAAAGAUGCAAUAGACAAGUUGUUAAUUGGGGAGGUUUUCACCCUUCAUGAUUAUGGCUGUAGGGUGAAAGAUCAUGCUACUCUAACAAAACUUAGCAUACUGAUGAACACAGUGAUUUCUGGUCAGGAUCCUGGGAAACUCCUUUUUGGUUUCUUCGAUACAGAUGGCAAGUAUGUGGAAUCCCUGCUCACAGCAAAUAAGAGGACAAAUGCUGAGGGCAAGAUCACUGGUGCUCUUUGCUUUCUGCAUGUGGCCAGCCCAGAGCUUCAGCAUGCUCUCCAGGUGCAGAAAAUGUCUGAACAAGCUGCUACAAACAGCUUUAAGGAAUUAACCUACAUUCGCCAAGAAUUAAGGAACCCACUCAAUGGCAUGCAAUUUACACAUAGUUUAUUGGAACCUUCUGAGUUGACAGAGGAACAGAGGCGGCUUGUUGCAUCUAAUGUUCUGUGUCAGGAUCAGCUGAAAAAGAUUUUACACGACACUGAUCUUGAAAGCAUUGAACAGUGCUAUAUGGAGAUGAACACGGUAGAAUUCAAACUUGAGGAAGCUCUGAAUACGGUCCUAAUGCAAGGCAUGUCUCUGGGCAAGGAAAAACGGAUUUCUAUUGAACGUGAUUGGCCUGUGGAAGUAUCAUGCAUGUACCUCUAUGGAGACAAUUUAAGGCUUCAGCAGGUCCUAGCAGACUAUCUGGCAUGCACUCUUCAGUUUGCCCAACCAGCCGAAGGACCUAUUGUGCUCCAAGUCAUUCCCAAGAAGGAAAAAAUUGGGUCUGGCAUGCAGAUUGCUCAUUUAGAGUUCAGGAUCGUCCACCCCGCACCGGGCGUCCCAGAGGCCCUGAUACAGGAGAUGUUCCGGCACAGCCCAGACGUGUCCAGGGAGGGCCUUGGCCUAUACAUAAGCCAGAAGCUGGUGAAGACGAUGAGCGGCACAGUACAGUACCUCCGGGAAGCCGACAGCUCAUCGUUCAUCGUCCUGCUAGAAUUCCCGGUCGCCCAACUCAGCAGCAAGCGGUCCAAGCCUUCAACAAGUAAAUUCUGACGCUGUUGCGCCCGGAACUGUAAACAGCAGUCCAUUCAGUGAGCUCUCGGCUGUUUAAAUUAGUCAAAUGCAGGUAGUUUGAAGCAUCGUUGGUCGCCUUUGUAUCUGGCACGGUCUGUGUAAUGCGGGUAGAUUUGGUUGUUUGGGGAGUUGGCUAGGUGUAGCGUAAGCGUAACUUUAACCGACAACCGUAUGUGUAUGUUGAGUUGGGAGAAUGAAUAAAGCUUCACCUGUGCUCUUUUCUUCUGAA